AUGGUGGUAUUGUUUAAGGCGCAACAAAUAAUCCAUUAUAGCGGCGAUCCAUUAAAAGACUUCGCCGGCAUCCGGUUCCUCGAUAGGUUCGUGUUCAAGAACCCCAAACGUCGCGUCGUCCACGACGACGACCACCAGGGAGUCAAGAAGGUGAAGGGCUCCCACCCCAAGUUCGCGAUCAGGAAGAAUUACGUGCCCAGAGGUCUGAAGAGUGUUGCGGUGAACUCGGCGUCCUACCUCAACGAGGACGCCAAGAAGAUACCUGUCGAUGAGAAGUUUUUAUACGACUUCCUGCAGCAGCGGCGCGCGGCCACGCGACUCGAUGCGGAUGGCGAUGGCGAUGAGGACAGCGACGCGGCGUCCGUCGCCAGCGAGGACUUCGAGCGGUACCUCGACUCGCUGACCGGCGCCCCCCCCGCAGCGGCCGACUCGGACGAGGAGUUGGACUACCUCGGGGAGUUGGAGGCGGCCAAACAGAAGACGGUCGUUCGAAAGAGGAAAGCGGCCGCCGACGACCUGGACCAGCUCGACGACGACCUCAGCAACGGCGAUGAAGAUGAUGAUGAUGGCGACCUGGUGAUGUCCGGCGAUGACGAGGAGCCGUCGCUGUCCGGCGACGAACGAGACCGAGGCGGGGACAAUCUCGGAUCGCUGUUUGCGUCCGCCGAAGAGUUCUCCACUCUGUUGGAGGAGAGCGCGACCAGUUGGAAGCAGGGGUCGAGUGGAGCCGUCUCCAACAAGGACAACUCCAGCCUCCAACAACUGGCGUGGGAGGAGAAGCGGGAUACGUGGAUAAAGGGUGGUUUUAAAGGACUCGCCUGCGAGUACGUGUUCAUCCAACAUAUGUAUAAAGACAAAGAAAGACGACGCAUGAACAGGGCACACGCAGGCCAACCAUUAGAUUCAGCAUAA